GCGGGUAAUGGAAAAGGGCUUACGUAUUUUCUUUAUUCCCUUCAGAGGUGUGCGCUCGACUCUCGGCGCGACAAGGACGGCAUGGCUGCGCCAGCGUCCUCGCUGAGCUGUCGGUGUCGUUCCUAUUGACGUGUGUAAAGCCCACCUGUCCCGUGAUUUUGGACGAACACCUCGUUGGCACCCUCUACCACCGAGACAGCAAGCUGUCAUCUCUAAGCGGCAACACACCACCGGAACAGCCCACCCGCAGGCUGAACUCCCUCCGAGGCGCAACGCCAUAAUCAGCCGGUGGCGUGAAAAUGAAAGUGAUGUGGCUUUUGCUCUGCGUCAUGGCUCCUCUGGGAGUACACGGGGGUCUUCUAGAUUCUAUUCGCGAACACAAGACGCAAAAGACGCGACAACGCUCCCAGGAAACCAUCAGUGAUGUCGUGAAUAGCAACAAUGGCCUGGGCAUCAGUAUGCUCAAAGCCUUAGGUGACCAGAAUGUGCUGCUCUCGCCAAUCAGUGUGAACAUCGUCCUUCAUAUGGUGCUUAUGGGAGCACGUGGACGCACGGCCUACCAAAUGUCCGCACAGAUGGGUAAUCCUUCUAGCGCUCUCAUGAGCGAGCUUCUGCAGAAGAUGUCGUCUCCUGGCGGCAACAGCAGGAACGUAGCUCUGGAUCACGCCUCGGCUGUGCUCAUCCAAGAAGGCGCUCCCUUUAAUGCCAGCUACUAUCGCGAGAUCAACAGACUGUUUGACGCCAGCCUCGCCACCGUGCAGUUCGGUGAAGGUCGUGGAAGCGACGUCGUCAAAGAGGUCAACGAGUGGGCCAGCAAGAAGACUCGCGGACGGAUACCUCAGUUCCUGGAGGAGGCCCCCGAAGAAACCACCAAGAUGCUAGUACUCAACGCCAUGUACUUCAAAAGCGAUUGGAAAACGCAGUUUGAUCCUGAAUUCACCGACAAGCGGGUUUUCCGCAACGAAGACGGAACCACAGCAAACGUUCCUAUUAUGUUUAUCAUCGAGACGUUUGACUUCAGCCAUGAUGACGAACUGAAUGUGGACGCGCUCCGGGUACCGUACGCAGACAACCAGUAUAGCAUGAUACUUAUGCUACCGCGAAACCGCCAAAGCCCUCUCGCGAGCGUCGUGCAGGGGCUUACUGCGGCAAAGUUAAAUGAAAUUAUCGGUGAGAUGGAGCCCGAGCAAGUUGAGCUUAGUCUUCCGAAGAUGAGCGUGCAGAAGAUGCUCAAACUGCGGGCGCCUCUCGAAAAGCUCGGCCUCAGGGUGCCUUUCACUGACGCCGCGGACUUCAAGGGAAUAAGCAAAGCUGAGGACCUGCGGCUUAACGAAAUCCUCCACAAAGCGGCGUUAGACGUUGACGAGGUGGGUACACGCGCCGUCGCGGCGACGCAAGCGCAAUUUGUGUCCAAAUCCCUGGUGCACUUCAAGCAGUUCACCGUUGAUCGUCCAUUUCUGGCACUUAUUCGGCACGAACCCACCGGAGCGGUCCUGUUCAUUGCUCAAGUGUUAUCUAUGCAGUCAUGAUCUACUGCGCGCAGUCGCCGGAAUUCACAGCGAUUCAGUUUUGUGCACUGAAGUGUGAUAGUAACCUCGUGUGAACGACAUGGAGGAAACGGGAGUCGUCGAUCGACCAAUGACCGGAACGUUGAUCACGGCGAAGGCCAUGAAGCUGUUGUUUUUUUCAGCACUGGCAAGCGCCUGCUUACCGAAGCUGCGUGCAUUUAGUGCUCUGGGACUGAAAAGACUUGAAGAGAAAAUGACAAGUGCUAUUGCGUGAUUGCUCAUUCCUAAGGCGUAUUUGCGGUUUCCAAUCUAACCGCGGUGCUUUCCUGUCAUUUGUCAACGCUGUGCUUCUUGUUAUGCCUUCUACUUAAGAUGUAUUUCGAAUGGUUUUAGGCCCAGCGCAACAGUUAUAAUUAAAUGUACAAUGAAGGUUG